CACACAGCAACACCACCCCCCUACGGCCCAGCAAACAUGGACAGAGGGAACCUGAGCACGCUUAAAGUCAACGCCGCAGCGCCGGUGCUUCCCCCCGAGCCCAUCGACAUCAUCCGCAUCAAGGCCCGCUCUCGCCGGGUCAGGCUCAAUGUCGGGGGUCUCACGCAUGAGGUCCUGUGGAGGACUCUGGAUCGGCUGCCCAGAACCCGCCUGGGACGGCUAAGGGACUGCAACACCCACGAAUCACUGCUGGAGAUCUGCGAUGACUACACCCUCCCUGACAACGAAUACUUCUUCGACCGCCACCCGGUGGCCUUCUCCUCCAUCCUCAACUUCUACCGAACGGGGAAGCUGCACAUGAUGGAGGAGAUGUGUGCCCUGUCCUUCGGCCAGGAGCUGGACUACUGGGGCAUCGACGAGAUCUACCUGGAGUCGUGCUGCCAGGCGCGGUACCACCAGAAGAAGGAGCAGAUGAACGAGGAGCUGAGGAGGGAGGCGGAGACGCUGAGGGAGAAGGACGGGGUGGAGGAGGAACACGGCUGCUGUCCCGACAAGAGACAGAAGCUCUGGGACCUGCUGGAGAAACCUGGCUCGUCUUUAGCCGCAAAGGUUCUGGCUAUGAUCUCCAUCCUGUUCAUCAUCAUUUCCACCAUCUCGUUGUCCCUGAACACCCUGCCUGAGCUGCAGGUGGUCGAUGAGUUUGGCCAGUUCAAUGACAACCCCAGCUUAGCCCACGUGGAAGCUGUCUGCAUUGCCUGGUUCACCAUGGAGUACAUGCUACGCCUGCUCUCAGCGCCUGACAAGUGGGAUUUCAUCAAAGCGCCACUGAACAUCAUUGACUUGCUGGCUAUCCUGCCUUACUACGUGACCCUCUGUCUGACCGAGUCAAACAAGAAUGUUAUGCAGUUUCAGAAUGUGCGCCGUGUGGUCCAGAUUUUCAGAAUUAUGAGAAUCCUUAGAAUCUUGAAGCUGGCCAGGCACUCAACAGGGCUCCAAUCUUUGGGCUUCACUUUGCGAAGAAGCUAUAACGAGUUGGGCUUACUGAUCCUCUUCUUAGCCAUGGGCAUCAUGAUCUUCUCUAGCUUGGUGUUCUUUGCUGAGAAGGACGAGGACGCCACCAAAUUCACGAGUAUUCCUGCCUCUUUCUGGUGGGCCACCAUUACCAUGACCACUGUCGGUUAUGGAGACAUCUACCCGCAAACCCUCUUGGGCAAGAUUGUCGGAGGACUGUGUUGCAUAGCAGGUGUGUUGGUCAUUGCCCUUCCCAUCCCAAUCAUUGUCAACAACUUUUCUGAGUUCUACCGAGAGCAGAAGAGGCAAGAGAAGGCCAUCAAGAGGAGGGAAGCUCUUGAAAGAGCAAAACGGAGCGGAAGCAUAAUUUCCAUUAACCUUAAGGAUGCAUUUGCACGCAGUAUGGAACUUACAGAUGUGUUGGUGGAAAAGAAAGAGGACGGUAAGUGUCCUUUGGACAAUAACCUGUCACCCAGCCGCUGGAGCUACCACAAACACUACUCCAAUACGGAGGCGGGUAGCCCCGGCAGGUCCCAACAUUACCGGGAGGUGGCUCAGCUUGGCUCCCCCGAGCGACUCAAGCCUUUGUCUAACAAAUCUACCCUUCAGAACCUCAGUGCAAAACAGCUGGAAGACGCUUACAAUAAGACAGCGGCCAUCCAGGAGCAGCAGGAAAAAAAUAUCGAUGAUCAGAUGGAGAUGAAGACGUUGACUUCCAUUCAAGCCCGAAAAACGCCCGCUGAAGACAGCACGGCCCAGAAAUGCUCUAAAGGGGCUGAUGAUUUUACAAAGGAGAGAGGAGAGAGAAGCUCUUCUCUCCCCAGUGCCGAAGGAGGUGAAACUUGUGUGCGAUACCAGCGCAUCCCCCCUCCCUUGGAUCUAAGUCAGAUUAGCACCAUGGAGGUGAACAGGGUCGCUGACAGCAUCCAGCCAAUGGCCAUUAUUAAAGAGGGCUUGUAUGAGUUUGUGUCCUCUCCCAAAGGAUGUGCGACUGGAGAUGUGGGUUCGGUGCAACAGAACGUUGAAAGCUUUGGGGUGACCAACGACAGCAGCUCCAAGCAAGAUCAUAGUCACCCUCAAAAGUCCAGAACCCUCAAGGUUGACUUCAUUGGAUCCCAAGAAGAUGUACUAAUGGCGGUGAUGACACCCGUAGCAACCCCAGCCUCCGCUGGCUCGGCCAAGCUUGCUCAACUACUUUUUGAAGACAUCAUGCCCAGGUUUACUCCUUCUCCAAGCUCAGUUACCCGGGACGCUAAGUCUCCGCUGCAAUCUCCAUUUCUGGCCCAGCAAUCUGUCAGUCCAAGUCCUUACUCCCAGGGGGGAGGCGAGGGCUCAUCACCCAGGAGCUUAACAGGUGAAGGACAGCUCACAGGCUUAAGCCACCAGGGGAAGAAUCACAUGGACAGGUCCUCUGUCGGGUCAGGUAGCAGCGCUAGCCCACUGAUGUCUAAAGUCAGCCCGCUCAACUGCACCCAAGAGCUAGUAACUAUGGAAGAAGGGGAGGAAGGAGAAGGAGAGGGAGCGGAACAGAGUGGGGAGAAACAAGAAAACCACCUUGUCCCCGACAGAAGCGGGACUCCACCGUGUGAGACCAGUAUGUGAGCAGGAGAAGAUCUCACAGACGGAGAAGCCAAAUGGAUGGAUGAGGAUGGAUGACAGCAAACAGCCAGAAAGACCGCAAAGAAGUUGGCCUAGUGUGGGCUGCGUACCGGUUGACAACGACGAUGUGGGAACAGCUUUUCUGGAGCAGCGUCAAAUCCAACAAAACUUUUGUGCUCUCGUCUCUUUUUGGACAAGCGCCGGGUCCAGAAUGGGACACCUCUGUAGUGUUAUUAUCACAGUGAGGGGAAGUCAGAAGCACAUGCCCACUGUCUGCCGAUCUGAUAGACACCGUCUCAGGUGGGGCAUCAUCGACUUCUUCUUUGUAGACAAGACUGCAUUGCAAAACAGUGGCAACUGAUGAAUCAUUUAGGGCUCAGAUGUGAGCACGAACGACGCCUUGCGUGAAUGACGAUGUUGACGACUAUCCUAGGAGAGUUUUUGUGUACAGCUCGACAGUUUCCAAAUGCUUGCUAUUUAGGCCUAUUUCUAAUGAUGGACUAUUAAGACCUAGGAAAGGCAGAGGGUGGAAGGAAGUAAUCUUUUUUACUAUUGUGUUAGCAAAAUGUAUCCUCGAAAAAAAUGGUUCUCGAUUUGUGGGUUUGUCUUAGUCACCAUUCUCUCAAUCAAGCUAUUACUUUAUUGUAAUGAUAGGGAAUACAUUAGGGAUGCAAAGGCUAUCAUAUCUAGCGCUAGACAACUAUUUGCGCCCACCAUUAAAAUAAAAAUAAAAUCCUGAAAAACUGAAACAGCGUAGGAAACCGACCUAUAUAUAAUAAAAUGACAGGUGAAACAUGCAGACACAAGACAACCAGGAAAGCGCACAAGGACAGGGGACAAGUUCAAGUCCCAGCUCAUCUGUUUUAGUCUCUGUGAGACUGCUGUCUUAUUAAAGGAUAAUUCAGCUUCAUUACAACUUCGGUCUAGUUUGGACCAUAAUUUCCAACGAUAAUAACACUACACCUGCCAUUUUAACUGUUGAGCUCUAGGAACACGUUUGCAUGAAUAAAAACACCAUCUGGUCACGAAACGUGAGCAGAAACUAAAACUAUCAGACGAGCGUUCUGAACCCUACACUGUGUGCACACAGUUCUCAGGCACAGCAAAGGAUUAUUAGCUUAAUUGCAGGUACUUUUGCUUUUUUUUUUUACCUCCAAAUAAAGUGGGUAAGCUUAUCUGGAACUGGUGGUUUGUUUCUAACCUGUCUGAUCACCUUACUGUGUUUUUCUGAAUUGUCAAGCUUAGUUCUAGGUCCCAGAACCAUUAACUUGGUGAGUAUGUUGAAAUAACCAGUAGGAAUGAUGGGGCGAAACUACCGAUGUAAGACCGAGUGGCCUCCUUCAGUCCUGCAAAGGCUACACCUUUGGAUCUAAGGGAGGUGGCCCCUGAAUGGAAGGGACUCCCCCACAGUUUCUCUUGCUCUUUCCAUUAUAUAUUUACAUAUGAUGAGUGGCAGGAGAGUGUCCUGAAUGGCAACAGAUUGUAUUGGGAAGGUAGUGUAAGAGUGCCCUCUACAGGCAUAUAAAGGCACUUGAAUGAAAGGCCUGUUUGCCUCUUUGGCACUCUGUGUAAUGUUAUUAACGGAUAUGUUUGUAUUAGUUCAGUUGUGCAAUCAUAUGAGUGGAUGCUGAUUUCUUCAAACACGCAUUUAACUGUGUGCACAAUGUAUUACACACAGUGAAGAGACCAGUCAUGUGAAUUUGUGAAAUAUGAAUUCUAACUAUUUUUCCCAAAGAACUCUGUGUAGAUUAAUAUGUAAUAUUUUUGUCUCGAGUUAAAACAAAGGAAUUGCACUUUUAUAAGAAAAACUUGGAGCUGUGUGUUGUUAACAUCUCAGUUUAUUUUUUAAAAGGGUGCCUUUUCAUAAAUAGACAAUUUAUGAGAAGAUGAAAAAAGGACUUUACAAUAUGGCCAGAUUUCUUUUGUUCUUAUUUUCUCUUGUUUAUCUUGGAUUAGCUAAUGUGUUAACAUGCAAAUCCUCUGGUUGUCAGGUUUUGCAGACCUGCAUUGCAUUGUGCUCCCUAAUCAGCGGCAGUUAGUCAUCUAGUCGUCAUGCAAUACAGCUUACAGUUCUAACCUCACUGUGCCACAAUGUCACUUUUUUUAGCAAAAUGGAAGUUUUUGUGGAAAGCAGUGGCUUCGGUUAUGCUCAGUAGGGACUUCAGCUGGGAUCAAUUCGGUGCUGUAGCGGCAUUACUGUAUAUACUGCAGCAGAUCUGUAGGAGUUCC